GUUUGAAAAGCCUGGGGCUCUAGAAGAUGUUGACUAUCCUGACAUGGCCAAAGAAGCAGCUCAGAAGGCAUUGGCUGAUGCUGGCAUUGCAUACUCUGCUGUGGAACAAGCUUGUGUGGGUUAUGUGUAUGGUGAUUCAACUUGUGGCCAACGUGCAAUCUAUCACAGUUUAGGAACAACUGGAAUACCCAUAAUUAAUGUGAAUAACAACUGCUCCACUGGCUCAACUGCUCUAUUUGUGGCGAGGCAGCUGAUACAAGGAGGGCUGGCUGAUUGCACUCUAGCUUUGGGAUUUGAAAAGAUGGAAAGAGGAUCACUUUCUUCAAAGUACACUGACCGGAUCAAUCCCCUAGACAAACACUGUGAGGUGCUGAAUAAUAAAUAUGGGAUUUGUGCAGCUCCAAUCGCACCACAAUUAUUUGGAAGUGCUGGUAAAGAGCACAUGGAGAAAUAUGGUACUAAACCAGAGCACUUUGCCAAAAUAGCUUGGAAGAAUCACAAGCAUUCAACAAAUAAUCCAUAUUCCCAGUUCCAAGAUGAGUUCAGUCUUGACCAGGUGAUGAAGUCUCGCCCAAUUUUUGAAUUCCUGACUCUCCUGCAGUGCUGUCCUACAUCCAAUGGAGCAGGAGCAGCCGUUCUGGCAAGUGAGAAGUUCGUACGGCGACAUGGCUUGGAGUCCAAAGCUGUUGAAAUUCUUGCCCAGGAAAUGAUAACUGAUUUACCCAGUAGCUUUCAAGAAAACAGCUGCAUAAAAGUGGUUGGGUUUGACAUGACCAAAGAAGCAGCAAGGAAAUGUUUUCAGAAAAUUGGUCUCCAGCCUAAUGAUGUAGAUGUCAUUGAGCUUCAUGAUUGCUUCUCAGCUAAUGAACUCAUUACUUAUGAAGCUCUUGGACUUUGUCCUGAAGGUAAAGCCGCAGAGUUGAUUGACAAAGGAGAUAAUACAUAUGGUGGAAAAUGGGUCAUAAAUCCAAGUGGUGGACUGAUAUCAAAAGGACAUCCACUAGGUGCUACAGGCCUGGCCCAAUGUGCUGAACUGUGCUGGCAAUUGAGAGGCGAAGCUGGGAAGAGGCAAGUUCUUGGGGCAAAGGUCGCUCUGCAGCAUAACAUCGGGCUUGGUGGUGCUGUGGUAGUAACAAUAUACAGGAUGGGAUUCCCACAAGCUGCAAGAAGACAAAAUAUCCAAGCCGUUCCGAUCAAUGCUGUAGCCAGUGUCAAUGGAUUCAAAGCCCACACUGUGUUUAGAGAAAUUGAGAAAAAACUUCAGGAGGAAGGAGAACGCUUUGUGAAGAAGAUUGGAGGAGUGUUUGCAUUUAAAGUCAAAGAUGGCCCUGGUGGCAAAGAAGGAUUAUGGGUAGUAGAUGUUAAGAAUGGGAAAGGAUCUGUGGAUUUCAAUUCUGAGAAGAAAGCUGACUGCACCAUAACUAUGUCUGAUGAUGAUUUGUUAGCUCUGAUGACUGGCAAGAUGAAUCCCCAGACAGCCUUCUUUCAGGGGAAGCUGAAAAUUGCAGGUAAUAUGGGCCUGGCCAUGAAACUUCAAAAUCUACAGCUUCAGCCCGGCAAAGCCAAACUGUGAAAAUUCAUCCCAAGUGAUUUUCGCAGCUAUCCAGACAACAGCACCAGCCUCUGACCUCGUGCAAUGCAAGUGGCAGGUUACUAGAGAGGAGGUUAGGAGCCACUAUCUUCAUGUUUGAAACAAUCUGGACUAAUUUCUGAUACUUUCUAAUUACACUUGAAGUUUGUAAUACUGAUAUCUUGCUGAGCAGAUUUGGGAAAAUUCAAUUAGUUAUGUUCUAGCUGAUUCAGUCGAUUUCUGAAAAUGAUGUAAAUGUAACAAAAUAUAUUUUGUAAAAUGCUUUAUUACUAGCUAUAUCUCUGCAUCGAACAAGUACAGCUAUCAGACUUUGUUAUUAAUGGAUCAGUUGUCUGACUUAUUUACACCAAGUACACUGUUUAAAUUUACCUUACCAUUGAGUUCAUUAAAUUAUCACCUUUGCAAUUCCUUAAUCAACAAACUUUCAGGAUUUAAUAUGCCAGAUAUUAUAGUAUCCCUGGUAAUAAAAUAAAAUAACUCCUACUUUA